AGUGGGUUUUUUUUUUUUUUAGGCCACAUCACGUAGUUUCACAACUGUGUUUCUAAGCACAGGGAAACAUAUAACCAUUCGGAGUACCUAAGGACCAACGAUUUACGUUUUAAAGUUAAAGGCACAGGAUUGAGUGACAUCCGACAUAACCAUAAUAUCUCUGAACUAAUGGGAUGGACGACCAAUUUGUGGUACUUGACGGCGGUACCGGGUCCGAACUGAGUCGAUUGGGUAACACCUCCAUAGACGACAACCCGCUAUGGUCAUCUAGCUUACUGGUGUCACGUCCGGCCAUUGUGAAACUAGCUCACAAAAAUUUCCUGGAUGCAGGGUCGGAUGUAGUGGUGGCCACUUCAUACCAGGCGUCACUGGAUGGGUUCAAGGGUUUCCUGGGGGUGACAGAUGAAGAGGCGUACAGACUGAUCCGGAACAGCGUCCACCUUGCCAGGCAGGCGUGUGAGGAGUGUACGCAUGCUACAGGGGAGAAAAAGAGGGUGGCGGGCUCGGUGGGGCCAUACGGCGCAUCGCUACACGACGGGUCCGAAUACACGGGCGCGUAUGCAGAGAAGAUGACUGUUGAAGAACUGAAGAGAUGGCACAGACCGAGGAUAAAAGCUCUGUUAGAGGCCAGCCCAGACAUGUUGGCUAUCGAGACUUUUCCCAUUCAGAAGGAGGCGGAGGCUGUUGUCGACUUGCUCAGUGAGUUCCCGGGCGCAAAAACCUGGGUCACCUACGCCUGCAAGGACAACGCGCACAUUUACCACGGGGAGGUGUUCUCAACAGCUGUCCAGAGCGUCAUCCAGUCUGACAGCGUGAUCGCCGUGGGCGUUAACUGCACCAAACCCGAGUUCAUCUCGCCGCUCCUCAAGAUGCUAGGCAAUGUGUCCAAGCCAGUGAUCGUCAAGCCGAACUCGGGCGAGAAGUGGGAUCCAGUAAAGGGUUGGUGUGGGCGGCCCGCGGACUUUGACCUGACCCCGAAAGUGGCCGAGUGGAUUCAGCUGGGCGCCAGGUGGAUCGGCGGAUGUUGCAGGAUCUACCCAUCGGACAUCGCGAAAAUAAAGGAAUUCUUGAGCACGGUGAAACUGCCGCUAGAUAAAAAACCCCGAUCCGUGACGUCCGUUCCCGUGAUUGACAAACAUUGAUAUUAAAGAAUGAAACUAAAUUAUGUAUUACUACAAAGCUGAGUUGGUGUUUCUCCUUCGCCUUUUUUUUUUUUUUUCCUUUUCUAAUUGCCAACUUAAGGUGUGAUAGAAUAAUGAUUAGCAUGGGCGUCGCAAGAUACCAGCGCCCUCUGUCGACGCCUAUGCUUAAAAUGGGAAAUAAAUUACAUAUUGGUAUA